AUGAGUGAAGAAGACACUCAAUUAAAGCCGACUUUAGAGUCAGUCGCAGAGCAAUUAAAGGAAGGGAAAUUCAAAAAUGUCAUAUUCAUGGUAGGAGCUGGAAUAUCUACAUCGGCUGGAAUUCCAGAUUUCCGCACACCAGGAACAGGUCUUUAUUCAAAUCUCCAGCGACUAAAUCUUCCAUAUCCAGAAGCCGUCUUCGAUAUCUCAUAUUUGAGGCGAAAUCCACUGGCCUUUUACACACUAGCAAGUGAACUUUAUCCUGGUAAAUUUGAGCCUACUGAUUUCCACAAGUUUAUGAGGACAGUCGAUAGAAAGGGUCUACUUCGGCGCUUAUACACACAAAAUAUUGAUACAUUAGAAAGAAUAGCUGGGGUGUCAGGUGAGAAAAUUAUAGAGGCACAUGGCUCAUUUGCUAAAAACCAUUGUAUUGAUUGCAAGACAGAAAUGUCCAAUGAAGAACUAAAACGAAUUGUAUGGGAGAGCAAUCCAGGUAAAACAACCAUUCCGAAGUGCAAGAAAUGCAGAGGUAUAGUUAAACCUGAUAUUGUGUUUUUUGGUGAGGGACUCCCUCGUGCCUUUUUUGAUAGUAUGGAUGAAGAUUUUCCUGAGUCUGCUGAUUUGGUGAUAGUUGCUGGAACUUCUUUAACUGUCAGCCCGUUCUCUCAACUUCCGGAGAUGGUCGAUGAUGAUUGUAUUCGAAUACUGUUUAAUAUGGAUGCUGUAGGGGAUCUAGGAACCAGAGAUAAUGACCUACUUAUACUAGGGGAUUGUGAUAAGAAUGUUCGAAAAUUCGCUGAGCUCUGUGGCUGGUCAUUAGACGAAGAGAGCGAAGAGGAAACAAGCGAACAAGAAAUCGAUGACAGUUCCAAAGAAACCAAGAAGCAGGCCAAGGAAGAUGCAGAGGAAGAGGCAGAAGAAAUGCGGAAAGAGGAGGGGAGAGAGAAGGCGGAACUAAUCGCUGAGGAGAUAUCAAAGACGCUGGAGGAACUAGAUCUGGAAGAAAAGGAUGCAAAUAGUGAAAAAGUAGUUGAGAAGGAAUCGGAUGCCGCUGAAUAG